CAAUCCCGGGCUGUAUAUGGAGAUUUGGGAUUCUUUAAACCGGCGCUACCUGGAUUUUAUUAAAAAGCAGGGAGCUCGGCAGGAGGAAAGCUGGCUUUUCCGGGGGCUGCGGGAGCCCGGCGGCGGGAGGGCGGAGGAGUUGGCGCGCCGAGCGCACGGCCCCGGUUUUCUACCAAAAAAAGGAAAGGCGGGCAAAAAGUGUGAGGCGACCGCGGGUCACGCAGGGGAACGGCGGCCCCGGGAUGGUGCACAUCACGGGCGCCUGACAGCGCCGGGAGCCAGGGCAGCCGCCGGAGCCGGAGCCCGGAGCCCAAAGCCCCGCCGCGCCAGACGCCGCAACCUGCGCCGCACCGCCCUGCUCUGCCCGGCUGCCCGGAGGGGCCCCGCCGCCUGCCGUCUGCGCCCUGGUCCGCCGCGGCCACCGAGCGAGCGCGCACGCCGCUGGCCUCCGCUGCCAUGCCCGCCGCGGAGCCCCCGCCACCCGAGGACUCUGGGACUCAGCCAAGGCCUAACUUUUAGGUCCCACUAA